GUUCCCUGUUGACAACUGAGCAACAUCUGAGUAGAAAAAUAAAUUUGGAAAGGCUCGGCCUAAAAAUGAACACAUUAGCAAAAAUUUUAGGUCUUUUUCUAGUUAUUUGCGUACAAUUUGCGACGCCUUUGUACUUCCACAUUGGAGAAACAGAAAGAAAAUGUUUCAUUGAAGAAAUUCCAGACGAAACACAAGUUAUAGGAAAUUACAAAGUUCAGCUCUAUGAUCCUAGAACUGGAGGAUUCAUGCCCUCAAGCCCUGGAAUAGGGAUGCACGUUGAAGUGAAAGACCCUGAGGACAAGACCAUCCUCUCGAGGGUCUACAGCUCGGAAGGACGGUUUACCUUCACAUCCCACACUCCUGGAGAGCACGUAAUCUGCCUUUACUCAAAUAGCACUAAAUGGUUCAGUGGAACUCAGUUGAGAGUACAUUUGGACAUCCAAGUUGGUGAGCAUGCUAUCGACUAUGCUAACAUUGCUCAGAAGGAGAAAUUAUCUGAGCUGCAGUUGAGAGUGAGGCAACUCUUGGACCAAGUUGAGCAAAUCACAAAAGAGCAGAAUUACCAGAGAUACCGAGAAGAACGAUUCAGACAGACGAGCGAAAGCACAAACCAGAGAGUCCUGUGGUGGUCAUUGGCGCAAACUUGUGUACUCCUGGUGAUGGGCGCUUGGCAGAUGAGACAUCUGAAGAGUUUCUUCGAGGCCAAGAAGCUUGUGUGAAAUUUUUUGUACCAAGUGCAAGCGCAAAUUGUUUCCUUUGCUGAACUCUCUCCAAAUUACACAAUAAUUAUUCAGCUUUGUGUUUUGCUGUUUCAAACAGGAAUCUUAGAUUACUUUCAAGUGUAUUCCCUUUCUAAUUUGGCUCAUCAUUUCAAUAUACAUGGUCUGAUUACACUUCUUGUAUGUUAAGUAUUAUUUAAAGAUUUAAAGUAACAUGUAAAUUGGUUGUUGUUUUAAUAAAUUUGAUAAAAGAAGCUGCA